AUGACGCGAAUUGACGAGAUCCGACGAGAAUUAAUGAGAUCUGACGAGAUCUGGCGAGAGCUGCCGGAGACUGCUGCCACCUGGUGUUCCUUGCUAAUGACAGCCCUUACAGCCGCGGCCGACUCCAGGCCCGGCAAUUUGCGGGACAGAAUCAAUCAACUGCCCAAGCGGCCACAGCAGGCGUGCAGCAACAACGGGUCCGGCAGCCACCUCAACCUCUUCAGCAACAAGCAGCCGCCCAAGAAGAAGCGGAAGAGCCGGACGGCGUUCACCAACCACCAGAUCUUCGAGCUGGAGAAGCGCUUCCUGUACCAGAAGUACCUCUCGCCCGCCGACAGGGACGAGCUGGCGCAGAGCCUCGGCCUCAGCAACGCGCAGGUGAUCACGUGGUUCCAGAACCGACGCGCCAAACUCAAACGCGACAUGGAGGAACUGAAGAAAGACGUCGCUUCCCACAAGAUCCUGAGCGACCACUCGAGCUUCAUCAAGACGAUGACGCAGAUGGGACUCCUUAAACACAAGCCAGGAGAAGUUCUAGAUAUCAAGAAGUUGACGGAAUGA